CCCUCCCCCCGCCGCGGGCCCGGCCUCCUCCGCGGAGCAAGAUGGCGGCGGCCGGGACGGCCCCGGACGUGACGGGGCGCUAGGCCGUCCCCCGCGGCCUCUCCCGAGGGCCGUGCGGGCCCCAGGAAGCGAGCUCAAGCCCAGUCCAAGGAAGGCGUGAUGGCCGUUCCUGCCGUGGCCGUGGGGCCGCCCCAGUGAUGCCUCUGCCCUGAGAGGCGGUGUCGCUUCUCGCCGCCCUGACCGGACCCCCGGAGCCCGCGGCGGAAGCGCCCCGGCCGAGGCCCGAGGCCGGUCUCGCAAGUGCCUCCGCCCCGACGGGCGCGACCCCGAGCGCUCCAUGCCUGCGGGCGGAGGGAGGCGGCGCCUCCCCCAGCGCUGCCGCCUGUGCUGGCUGCUCUGCGCUUUCACCCUAAAGCUCUGGCCGAGGCCCCCGCGCCCGCGGAGCAGCUGUCAGGUGGGUGGCGGCCCGGGCCCCCUCGUGCCCCCACCGGGCCGGAGCGCAGUGGGCGCCUCGAACCUGCCGUGCUGGCUGGCCGAGGACUUCGCGGUGGCCGAGGAGUGCGCGCCCUGCUCCCGCUUCCAGGCCAAAACCACCCCUGAGUGUGGUUCCACAGGGUAUGUGGAGAAAAUCACAUGCAGCUCAUCUAAGAGGAAUGAAUUCAAAAGUUGCCGCUCAGCUCUGAUGGAACAACAUUUAUUCUGGAAAUUUGAAGGGGCCAUCGUGGGUGUGGCCUUGGUCUUUGCUUGCCUUGUCAUCAUUCGUCAGCGACAGCUGGACAGAAAGGCUCUGGAAAAGGUCCGGAAGCAAAUCGAGUCCAUAUAGCUACCUUCCACUUUUUGAUAGGGGCCUUAGGGAUUGUACUUCAGACACAGACAGUAGAAUGAACGGACUUGGGCCCUUAGUUCUUGGGAACUUGUGGUGGCACCUCCUUCUCUGUCUCUUGUCUGGAUCAUUAACGAGCAAAAUACAGAAUAGUUUUCUUCUCUAUUAUAAUUUGGUUUGGGACAGGAAGUCCUGGUGGCAGAAAUGGGAUAGCAAUAGGCCCCAGUGUACUAACUACCUGGCUUCCCCUUCUUCUGGUACUUAUUUAAAAUUUUCAGGACAAAAUUUCAGCAAAAAAGUUUAUUUCUCAGCCAAAACCUCUGUUUCCCCCCAACCCUUAUCCAAAGAAAAAAUAAAAUUGUAGAUGUAUAACAAAAGUA